UCAGUAAACGAGUCCGUGAUAGGACAAAGCCGGACAGGGAUUCCGUUUCUGAUUGGUCGGGGUGAAGCAAAUUCUACAGAAAGUGAUAAAGACCAAAACACAUUCCUGUCACAACAUUUCAUUGAUUUGGAAACCAGUCAUUUGUUCAAAAGUGGCUCUAUGUCACUUAAACAGUUUAAACAUACAUACAACGUUUGUAGUAUUACAAUAGAUUUCGGGUAGCUACAUUCCCCAGUAAAAUAAUGCAACGACGUAUCCCGUUAGCGUAUACGUCACACAAUUUGCGUCGUUCAGUCCCCCCAAAAAAACAAAAACAAAAACCGCAGGCUGUUGGUGCGUGCGUUUCUCCUUAUUAUUAUUAGUAUAUAUUUUUUUUUUUUUACUGCAGAGUGCAUUUUAUCGUUGUUGAGCGAUGGAAGAUAAGCUAAAGAAAGAGUUGGGUACAGCCACGCUCAAGUCAGCCGGCCACUCUGGAGGUGGAUGCAUCAGCCAGGGCCAGAGUUACCACACCGACACCGGCAAAGUCUUCGUGAAGCUCAACCACAAGAGCCAGGCCAAGUUAAUGUUUGACGGAGAAAUGGCCAGUUUGGAGGCCAUAAUCCAAACUGGAGCGAUCAAAGUGCCCAAACCUGUCAAGGUGAUCGAGUUGGACACUGGAGGCUGCGUCUUUGUUAUGGAGCAUCUGGACAUACGAGGCCUUAACAAAUAUUCCAAACAGCUCGGAGAGCAGCUGGCUCAUCUUCACCUUCACAACAAGCGACAGCUGCAGAAAGUGAGCGAAGAGCAGCAGACAGUUGCUCGUGUGCCAAUAGGAAAAGGAGCCGGGCAGUCUCCGGGGGCUUAUGUGGACAAAUACGGCUUCUCGACCUCCACGUGCUGUGGCUAUAUACCACAGGACAACGAAUGGCAGGACGACUGGGUGACAUUUUACAGCCGACAGAGGCUCGAGCUUCAGCUAAACAUGCUGGAGAAGUCCAACGGCGACAGAGAGGCCAGAGAGCUUUGGGCGGCACUGCAGCUGAAGAUCCCUCAGUUCUUCGGAGACGUGCAGAUGGUCCCCGCUCUCCUCCACGGGGACUUGUGGGGCGGCAACGUGGGAGAAACCGCCGAAGGCCCCGUGGUCUUCGACCCCGCUUCUUUCUACGGCCAUUCCGAGUUCGAGUUGGCAAUCGGCGGGAUGUUCGGAGGCUUCGACGGCUCCUUCUUCUCCGCCUACCACGACAAAAUUCCCAAGGCGCCCGGCUUUGCGAGAAGGAACCAGCUUUACCAACUCUUCCACUACCUGAAUCACUGGAACCACUUUGGCGGUGGCUACAGAGGCUCGUCGAUAAGUGUGAUGAAGGACCUGCUCAAGUAAUUGCACUUAGCUACCUACUAUGGAAUGCUCCAGUCUUAAAUAAUAUCAAGUGUCCAGAUUAAUGGUCUAUUGGUCAUAACAUUUUUAUGUUCAUUCCGCAAAAAAUAUUAUCUGAUUAAAAAUGGCAUGAAAUCAAGCAAAUAAACAACUGCAAAUAA